AUGGCUGCCGCUCUUCCCAAGAUUGAACUCACUGAGCGUGAGGGCCGACUGAGGAGCCUUCUCAAUGCCACUGCGAACAACAUGAACCGGUCGUCCACGCCGCCGCGCAAGAAGGUGGAGUUACGCUGGGCAGGUGGUUGGGUGCGCGACAAGCUUCUAGGAAUCCCGUCGCACGACAUCGAUGUAGCCAUCAACUCAGUGACGGGCGAGGAGUUCGCGGCGGAGCUGCGUCGGUACUGCGAGACGGACGGUGUCUCGCGGGAGUAUGGGUUGGGGCCAGAUGAUAUGGGGCGCCUGCACACGAUUGCGCGUAACCCGGACAAAUCCAAGCACCUAGCUACCACGAACAUCAAACUAUGGGAUCUGGACUUGGACUUUGUCAACCUGCGCCGCGAGUCGUACACGGCCGAUAGCCGCAACCCAACCGUUGAAUUCGGUACCGCUCAGGAGGACGCCUUGCGCCGCGAUGCCACAGUGAAUGCGCUCUUCUACAACCUGAAAACAGGCCUGGUUGAAGAUCUCGUGGGUGGGCUAGACGAUAUGAAGCGCAAACUGAUCCGCACACCUCUAGCACCGCUACAGACGUUCCUAGAUGAUCCGCUGCGCGUCCUGCGGUUGGUGCGGUUUGCUAGUCGGUUAGGAUUCACGAUUGAUCCGACCACAGAGGAAGUCAUGGCGGAUGAGAACGUGUUGCACAGUUUACUUGUCAAGAUCUCCCGUGAGAGGGUCGGGGUGGAGUUGGAGAAGAUGAUGAAAGGCGAACACCCCGUCGAGUCACUCCGGCUGAUUGACCGGCUCCAGCUCUAUCACGCCAUUUUCACCAACCCAGAGCAGCCCGACAUGGCCAAGCCCGACCUUAGCACCUGGGCUACUGCAUACGAGUGUCUCGACUUCCUAAAGUCUACUAAAAAGCCCGGCUCGAUCUACGACUUGCUCAUUACCGGCGAUGACGCAUCUUAUUACGCCUGGUCGCUUGUCGGCUUCACCCCUUGGACAUCACUGUCAGAUGCUCAGGUCAAGACUUUCAUGGACAACCACAACAACUCCGGAAGGAUUUUCCGUAGUCCGCCGACGCUCUCCUCGCAGGUGGCACGGGACGGUUUCCGCGCGCCCAACAAAUUGUGCGACCUCCUUAAUGGUUCCAUCCGGAACCGUGCCCAGAUACUCGAGUUCCGAAACGCUGUGCGCGACAAGGACGACAGCCGCAACGAGCGUGAUCGGAUUGGCAUGGCGAUCCGCUCAUGGAACUCUCAGCAUGGCGAAUGGAGGCUCCAGGUGUUGUAUGCGAUUCUGGUGGACGUCGCGGAGCGGGUUGGCCCCCUUACCGCCACGGGAGCGGGGGAGAGUGAUGCCGUCCUGGCCGAGUGGCAGGAGUUCCUCGACCACAUAGUCGAACUGGACCUGAUGGAUGUCUUAUCCAUCAAGCGACUGGUAGAUGGCAAAACGCUGAUGAGGGCGCUCCAAGCUUCUCCCGGGAGAUGGACGGGUCCGGCGCUAGAUGUGGCUCUGGCAUGGCAGUUGCGGAAUCCCGGGGUGGAGGACCCGACGGGCGCCAUUGAGGCGGUUAGGGCUCGGCGCGCAGAGCUAGGGAUUGAUUCUUCCUGA